AUGAAGACCCUCACCCUCUCCUCCGCAACCCUCCUCCUCUACGCACUCGGCACCUCCGCCGCCCCCGCCCCCAUCGAGCACGACAAGCGCGCCACCACCUCCGCACCCAUCAGCCGCGUCCUCUUCAAGGACCGCAGUAUCACUCGCGUGCUCUGGAAGGAUCGGACUGCGACGAGUGCGGGGCCGACGUUUUAUCCUGCGCCAGUGAGCAACCCGAAGAGCUCGGCGGCGACGUUGAGUCGGCCUGUGACGACGACGAGCAGUCGGGCUGCAACGACCACGACGAUGAGUAGGCCGCCCACGAGUAGUGCGACCACGACGAGCAGGCCUGCGACGACGACUAGUCGCGCCGCGACGACGACUACCCGCGCGCCCACCACCUCCGCCGCUGGUUCGCCCCUCGUGACUGUAUCCUCCUCCUCCCGCACAACCACUACAACCUCCGCCGCCCCGACCUCCACCGCAGGAGCCGACAUUCGCACCGCCGUUUUGGACGAACACAACCGUUUCCGCGCUCUGCACGGCGCCGCACCCUUGACCUGGUCGCAGACCCAGGCCGACGCUGCGGCUUCUUGGGCGUCGCACUGUGUUUUCCAGCACUCUCAGGGCGCAGUCGGGCCGUAUGGAGAGAACUUGGCUGCGAAUGCCGGGGAGGGGACGGGCGUGGCGGCUGCGUUGGCGGGGAUUCAGUUGUGGGAGGACGAGGCGCCCAACUACGACCCGGCAAACCCGACGUACUCGCACUUUACGCAGAUGGUGUGGAAGUCGGCGACCAAACUCGGCUGCGCUCUCCAAGUCUGCGCGCCAGGCUCGAUCUUCGAUGCGCAGUACGGCAACUCGGAGUUCCUCGUCUGCGAGUACGACACGGGCAACGUUAUCGGCCAGUUCGCGCAGAACGUCCAGCCUUAG